AUAUUCACUAUUCCAAACAGAGCAUGGAGAAGCACUUCAAAUUCUGCACUAUGAAGUCGGGCAGAAGUAUGAUGCUCACCAUGAUUACUUUGCAGAUGAGUUCAACAUCAAACAAGGAGGCCAAAGAAUGGCCACCCUUCUCAUGUAUCUGUCAGACGUCGAAGAAGGGGGCGAGACGGUGUUCCCAGCAGCCGAAGGCAACUUCAGCUCGUUGCCUGGGUGGAAUGAACUGUCUGAAUGUGGUAAAGGUGGACUCUCUGUAAAACCAAAGAUGGGUGAUGCAUUAUUGUUCUGGAGCAUGAGGCCUGAUAAUACCGUAGAUCCUACAAGUUUGCAUGGUGCUUGCCCUGUCAUAAGAGGGAACAAAUGGUCAUGUACAAAGUGGAUGCGUGUUAAUGAAUACUAAUUCAAAGGUAACUGCUGUAUAUCUUCUUAAUAAUUGUGUAUAGAUUAUUCACACGUGCACGCGCACACACAUAUACUUAGGACUCAGAUUAAGAUUUGGCACCUGCUGGUUUCGAUAUUUUCCUGCGUCCCCUAUGACAUGAUCACUUUACCUACUUGUUAUCGUUUCUAAGAGUGAAAGAGUGAAAGACUAUCCUCAUAAACCCACAUGGGUUCUUUCAACGUAUUUUGUUUUCACUCGUAUGCUUCUUCAGAAAAAUCCUAAGAGGUCAUCAUCCAACGUAGAAUUGUUCUAAACUAAGCAUGCUUAAUUUUGAAGUUUUUACGAUUGAGUCAUUGACAUAGGAUGUAACUUCAAUUCUUUUUCAGCUAAUGGCCUUGAUAUUUUCCUGCGUCCUUUGUGACAUGAUCACUUUACCUACUUAUUGUAACGGCCCAGAUCCACCUCUAGCAGA